AUGGCGGCUGAAGCACUUUUUGUGGCAAUUAGUUCUUAUGCUUUUGGAGCUUUAUCGGCAGCAGGUGGAUUGCUUUAUGCAAUCAAAGCUUACAAGAAUUAUAGGGCCAUGCGUGAGGAGGUUAAAAUAUGUGCUGCCUGUGGGAAGGAAGUGAAGAUUAUGCUGUCCGAAGAGCAUAUUGAAGAACAUAGGUAUGGAAUUAUAGUGUACAUAUUUGUGUAA